AUGCCAGUACAGCAACAUGUUCUCAAUUGGCUGUACAGCGUUCUUACCAGUGAAUAUCACGACGUCAACCGCACAUACAAUGAUGUCGCCCAAGCGUUGACACAAUAUCCUACGCUCUCCCCGCGCACCGACGUACAUACCUUCCCCAACGGCUCCAGCGCGCUUCUACUCCAAAUCGCCGGCACCAUACCAGUCAACUUUCGCGGCAAUACAUAUCGAUUCCCGAUUUCAAUAUGGGUCCCUCACGCAUACCCUCGCGAGCCACCGCUCGUCUAUGUCACGCCAACCGAGAACAUGAUGGUUCGUCCUGGGCAACAUGUUGACCCUCAGGGGCAGGUAUACCACCCCUAUCUGGUGGGGUGGGCACAAUUUUGGGAUAAAUCAAAUAUUCAAGACUUCAUGUCAGUAUUAUCCGAUAUUUUUGCCAAAGAGCCCCCGGUUGUAUCCAGACAAGCGGCCCGACCACAGCCGCAGCAACCACCAGCUCAAGGACCGCCUCCAGUCCCCCCUCUCCCCCCGGAGAUGGCACCUCGACCGUCGCAAACACUUCAGAGCUCGACAAACGGCUCCCGUCCGCCGCCGCCUCCGCCAAAAGAAGACCAAACACCCCAAACCUCCGCCCACGCAGCCUCUCCUUCGUCAGAGAGGACUGUUGGCACGUCCUCUGUCCCAUCCCGAUAUGAAUCAGCACCGCCGCUUCCCACCCAAGCACCAGCAUCACCGCCCAUUGUACGACAUGCGCAACCUCCCUCCCAGUUGCAACAACUCUCGCAACAGCAGCAGCAUACACAACCUCCCAUGGGACAUUGGCCGCCACAUGGACCGCAUAGCUCAUCUCAGAACCCGCCGUAUUCGGCACAGCAGUUGCCGUCUCAACAGCUCCCACCACAAUGGCAGGCUCUAGGGCCACCACCACCUGGAUAUGCUGUAGCUCCUGGGGUAGGAAUGCCGCCACAUAUCCAGCAGCCUCCAGUACAGCAACCUGCUCCUCCACCUCCGAAUAUUCUUGAUGAACCACUCACUCUCGACAUUCCCGAGGCCACGACCGUGGUGCCUCCCCCAAUACCACCAAAUCCCGAAAAGGACAACCUCUUGCGACAAAUUGCCCAGACCCUGUAUGUUAUUCGACAACGGUCUCGACAACAGAAUGAUUCCACCAUGGCAGGGCUUCACGGGCAGCGAAGCGCCAUGCAGAAUGCCAUGGCUGGUAUUCAAUCCGAAUCGAGCCAGCUCACCCAGCUAUCCAACGUGCUUACGUCGAACACAAGCAUUCUCCACGACGCUUUGCGGAAGGCAGACGCGGUUAUUGAUGGGUCAAGAAGCCACCCUGUGCCUGAUAUCGACGAGCUUCUCGUAGCUCCGACAAUCGUGUCUAAUCAGCUGUAUAAUUUGGUGGCGGAGGAGAAGGCUCUCGGAGACGCCAUCUUCAUGCUAGGCAGGGCUGUUGAACGGGGCCGUAUUUCCCCAGCCGUAUUCGCAAAGACGACACGAUCAUUAGCGAGAGAGUGGUACCUCAAGAAGGCAUUGGUGAGAAAGAUUGGUCAAGGCAUGGGCAUGGCGUCGGCAUAG